AUGUUAUCACGCUACGUGGUGUCGCAAGUGAAACACAACUCAUUCUUCCUGGUGGGGUUAGCGUUAGGUUUAUGGGUGUCGCUGGUGUUGGUGCCACUGGAAGAGGAGUCUGAAUGUGUUCGAACAGAGCCAGUAGAGUCAGCUGUCGGGGCGGGCGACGAAUGGGAGCCGCAACGCGAACAACGACCCCUAGGAGCAGGUGCGCCUCCUGCGCGUGUGCUACAGAGGCCGCGUUACUACUCCACCGAGCUGGGUAUGCGUGCACCGUUGCUGGCGGGCGUGCUCAGUUCCGAGGAGGCGCUUGACACGCGCGCGGCUGCCAUCAAUGAGACAGCAGCGGGCCUGUUACCAGCCCUUCGCUUCUUUAUCACAGCCAGUUCCCUUCAGUUAAAACCGGGGCGUGCUAACGUUGUCGGCUUCACGGAUACUCGGGAGAUGUUGAAGCCCUUCCACGCUCUCAAGUAUCUGGCAGACAACUACUUGGAGGACUACAACUUCUUUUUCCUUGUGACUGACACCUCAUACAUUAACGCCCGUCAAUUGAAUGAACUUGUCUCUAAGUUAAGUGUCAGUCAAGAUGUGUACAUGGGAGCUGUGGCCGAAGAUGAUACUCAUUAUUGCACUCUAGGGAGUGCCUACUUUGGGCUAUAUUCUCUUGGAUGUAGUCCAGACAAUUUAGGUAUCGUACAUCAUAAAGUUACAGUAAAAGAUCAUGUUUGGAGGGGGGGCAUCCUGCUGUCGAACUCGGUGCUACGCGCAGUGCACGGCGAGCUGGACUGGUGCGUACGCAACUCGUAUUCACCCCACCACCACGAGAACAUCGGCCGCUGCGUGCUGCACGCCUCACACACACCUUGCGCUGCGGCCUUGCACGCCGCGAACUACUCGGCGGCUAUCCUUGCCACCGCCGAUGCAGUCUCCGACUCGCUGCCCGACGCCGUCACCGUGCACCCCGUCACCGACCCCGGGCACUUUCAUCGCCUGCACGCCUUGGUGUCGCGAGUUCGAUUGCAACGCGCACACGACCGCGUAGGAGACGAAAGGACGCUCGCGGCCGCAAGCUUCCGUCGUCAUCCGCGCGGCUUCCGCAACGCGACCUGGCCGCCGGCUCUGCGGGCCGACGCCGGGCUCGCUUCGCCGCCGCCGCCCACCAGGUUCGACCAUUUACGUUGGACGCGGUUCAACGCGACGCACGCGUUCAUGCCGGACGACGAGCGCGCCGUGGCGGCGCUCGGUGGCGCGACGCUCGAGGCCGUGAGGCUCGUGGUCCGGGAGGGCUUGGCUUGGGCCCGACGACACUGGGACGCCGACGCCGAGCUAGACGAGGGCGCCUGGUGCUGGGACCCGCCGCACGCUCUGCGUUAUCGCCUAAUCGUCCGGCUCGCAGCGCAGGACCGGCGAGCGGUCCGCCAGCUCGAGGCCGUCCGACCGCUGGGCGCCGCGCGACUCGCUCCCGCCCGCUACGUCACCGAGACCGCGAGGGUCACGAUCGUAGCACCGGCCGCGGCGCCGCCGAAACUUGCCGCCGAAGCGGUCGGGCUUCUCCGCCGUUACGAGGCUUCGCUCGAUCGCGACUCGAACACGGCACUCGCGCUCGUCGCCGUCGGGGCCUCGGCAGACGACCUGGCGGCUCUGCGCGAAGCCAUCCGCACGCUCGUCGAACGUCGCAGGGACGCGCGCGUGCAACUGUUCGAGAGUCCGCCGCCAGAUGGCGAGUCAGCCGGCGUCGGGGAGCCGGAGUGGCGCGAGGUCGCGGCGCGGCUCGCCCUCGAGGCGGCGGCGCCUCGCUUCCCCCGCGAUGCCCUAUUGCUUUUGAUUCCCAGCGACGCAGAGUUCUCGGAGGACUUCCUGAACCGGGCGCGCAUGAACACGAUCGCGGGCGAGCAGUGGUACAUGCCGAGCGGGUUCGCGCGCUUCGCCCACUACGCUCACCCGCGCUGGCGAGAAGCGGACGGCACGCGACCGACGGUCAACACGGGCCGGUUCGAGCGGGCACCGCUAUCGCUGGCCGUGUCCCGCGGCGACUUCUCGGAUGCCCGCGAGGCGUGGAUGGCGCACGGCGGCGACCCGUCGGCGGGGCCGGCGCAGCUGUUAGCGGCGUCUUCACUGCGCUGCAUCCGAGCUCCGGAGCCGGCUCUAGUGCGUGCCGCCGCGGGCCCGCCCUGCGCCCUCGCCGACUCCGCGACGUGUCUGCGUCGCGAACGAUCGCGCGGCCUCGGACGUUUGCACUUGGGUGCGCGACACACGCUGGCCAAGCUGCUCUUGUCCGAACAGGCGCUGCUGUCUGCCGACUGA